CGUUUACUCACAUGCCACCACCUGAACUAUUCUUCAUCUUUCUUUUUCAUCGUAACCAUUUAUAUACCGUCACUUCAUACUCAAAAUCUUGUUGUGGCUCCGAAUAAAAAAAACAACCCGAGGACAAAGGCUAUUCAAGACGAAAAUUGAGAGCGACAGCUCUAUUACUUCUUCCCAUGUCGCAGCAGGAUUCUGGGGCAGCUGAUGCCCCGCCACAGCAGCCUUCACGACCAUCUGCGUCACCAUCGAACAGUUUCUAUGCGCUGAGCGAUGAUGAGGAGGGCGAGUACAACACGAUUAGAAAUGCCGAGACUGGAAGAGGUGUAAAGCUUCUCUUUUCCAAGAGUAAGGUUUAUGUUCAUCCAACACCCUCUGCAAAGGACAAUAUUCCAGGAUAUAUCGCACUUCUCCAGCAACGAGGUCAUCACGAAGAGCGCCCUUCUUCAUCUGCUUCCAAUGAAUCAACGACGAUCGCCUCCUCGGAUCUACUUCUUGCCUGGAUUCCCGAAUCUGCCCUUGGAGAUUCCGCCAGCAUCUACGUCAAGGUUGACCUUUGCGAUGGAGACUCACCCCCGAAACAGUCUUACCUUGUUCCUCCCCCGCCGACCGUUACUAGCCAUGUUGGAUCUGUCGGUGGAUAUGCGUUUGCGAUUCCCGUGAGCGCCGUCUAUUCGCUCCUCGUUCGGCCUCCGAGCCUCGGCUGGUGGUAUGGAUCCGUCAUCAUCAACUCCCGAGCGGGCGACAGUUUUCCCGCCCUUUUUUUCCACGACAAUGAGUGCCAAAGUACGAUUCUCCAAAAGAAGAAGAUCGCACGUGAUACAUUUGAUCCUUUCGGAGAAUCAGGACAGAUGUUCUGGGGUGGCGAUGAGGUUGUGAAGUGGCUACGUCGCUAUGUCAAGAUUGAGCGAUCUGGCGCUGAACCAAACAUUUACUUGAUCGAGCCAUCAAAGGAGGACAGUGAAGCAUUUGGCCACAAACUCACUUCCAGCCCCUCGCAAAUUGGUCGUCAGGACAGCAAUGUGGGAGCGCAGCGCGGCGCUGCAGGACCGUCAAAUCGAGAUGCAGAGAUGGACCCUUUCGUCAAGUUGAUCAAGGAAACUGGAUGGAAUAUUAUGGAGAAAUUCAGCAAAGUAACCACCUUUACGCGGAGAGCGGCCCAAGAUAUUGUCGAGAACCCCAACUUACCGCCACAAGUAAGACGACUCUUGAGAAAUCCGGAAGUUCAGACGCUUCAAGACGAGUUUGACAGCGCCAGGAUCUAUCUCGCUCGCUGGGCUAUGGGCAUCCAGGAACAGAGCGACCGUGAUCGGAGACAGAGGAUAUGGUCUGCUAAUGAUGUUAUGGAGCUUGAGGAUACCGAUGUUGGCGAAUUUGAGCUUCUUGAAGGAGCCAGUAACCUUUCACUUGAGGAACGCCGAAAGACUGUGACAAUGAAGGAGUGGAAUACCUUCUUUGACCCUCAAACUGGCCGAUUAUCGGUCACUAUCGAUGAGGUCAAGGAGCGUGUCUUUCACGGAGGUCUUGAUUCUGAGGACGGUGUUCGAAAGGAAGCAUGGCUUUUCCUUCUUGGCGUUUAUGAAUGGUACAGCACUGCCGAUGAGAGAAAGGCACAAAUCGCCUCACUACGUGACCAGUACUACAAGCUCAAGCUUUCGUGGUGGGAGAGGCUAGAAGGUGAUGGAGGUGAGGGCGAGACUGGAGAGUGGUGGCGCGAGCAAAAGGGACGAAUCGGUAAGUUGCUCACCACCUCCCAACCUUUCUCCCCCAAGGAGUAUACUUAUAUUUCGUCUAUAGAAAAGGAUGUCCACCGAACGGACCGCAAUGUACCCAUUUUCAUGGGCGAGGAUAUCCCCCAUCCUGACCCAAGCUCACCCUUUGCCGAAGUUGGCACCAAUGUCCACCUUGAGCAGAUGAAGGAGAUGCUCCUGACCUACAACGAGUACAAUAAGGAUCUAGGCUAUGUUCAGGGUAUGUCAGAUCUCUUGGCACCAAUCUAUGCAGUGAUUCAGGACGACGCCGUUGCAUUCUGGGGUUUCCAGAAGUUCAUGGAGCGUAUGGAACGCAACUUUCUGCGUGAUCAGUCUGGUAUGCGCAACCAGCUUCUGACUCUGGACCAACUUGUUCAGUUCAUGGACCCAGCACUUUGGAACCAUCUACAAAAGGCAGACAGCACCAACUUUUUCUUCUUCUUCCGCAUGAUACUUGUUUGGUACAAGCGGGAGUUUGCUUGGCUUGACGUUCUUCGAUUAUGGGAGGGCUUGUGGACUGAUUAUAUGAGCGCGAACUUCCAUCUCUUUAUCGCGUUGGCAAUUCUUGAGAGACACCGGGAUGUUAUUAUGGAGCACUUGCAACAUUUCGAUGAGGUGCUCAAAUAUGUCAAUGAACUCUCCAACACAAUCGAUCUUGAGGCGACUCUGAUCCGGGCAGAAACUCUCUUCAAGAGGUUCCAGCGACUUGUUGAUGCUGUCGACAAGAAGCAGAACUUCCCAGCUCCUCGGUUCAACCAGAAGGAACCCUCAAAAUCUUCUGAGCAGACCGAAUCAGGGCCCUCCAAGGGUGGUAAGGCAUCUGGCAAGGGCAAAGCUGCCGAGCCAGCGGCGCCUCCGCCGCAGCCAAAGACGAUUACACCUGAGUUGCGCAAACUAUUAAGCAAGGAGGUAGAAGUUCUCCCGAGGAAAACGGUUACGCAAAAGGGCGAUGGUAUGCCAAAAAAAUGAGUUUCUGAGAAUAAGUAGUUGAGGUUCUGUUGGUUAACGACUGCUGCAUGUAUUUUUAUGCUUUAGGGGGUUUCUUGGUUCCAGUAAUUUUUGGCACGGAGUUCAUGGCAUGACAAUAAGUUAGCAAUGUUUCGAUAUAUAUAAGAAGCCCUUUAUUACCAUAGGAUCUGAAUACACAAGAUGCAUAUCAUGAUUCCUUGGUACAGGGCAUAAUAUCGAGUAAACAAAAGUCCACAUUACCAGGUAAAACGCCGCUCUAUCCUAUCAAGGAACGUAAACGCCAGACAUCCAACGUAUGCUUCACUUCUUCUUACUAGAACGGGCUUUAUCUGUAUCCCCUUGGUCCACUGGGCAAGCCUCCUCUCCUCAAUCCAGCGUUGCCGCCGCCACUUGCUUGAUCAUACAUUCCGCCUGGCGCAAAUCGAUCUUCAUAACCGCCGCCGCCGCCACCACCAUUAUUUCCGCCGGGAGGGUUGAAAGGUCCUUGACUUCCAGCCUGAGGACUCGUUGUUCGCGAUCCUCCUCCCCAAAGCCUCUGUCGCAAUCUAUCCUGCGCAGAUCCUCCACCUCCACCUCCCGAAGCACCACCAGGUGGCACGCUCGCCGUUUCGGGCCUACCGAAUUGACCGCCCGUGUUCUGGUAGCUACCCGCGCGCUGCUGACUUGGCAGUGGUCGCCUAUUGAUAUCGCCGCCGCCGCCGCCAGGUUGCAACGAUGCAGGUGUUCGUCCACCUCCAGCCCGAAGACUCUGAGGCGCUUGUUGUUGUGGCUGUUGCGGUCCGUUGUCCCAUAGACUACUCAGACCACCGUGUUGCUGUCCUUGAGCGCCGAGGCGUUGGCCGGCUUGUGGUGUCAUGACAGGCUGUAUGGGUUGUUGGGCUGGGGCCUUGGGAUCCGGGGGCAGCCAUGAGGGGAAUGGGCGCCCCUUUUCUGUAUAAUAGCCACGGAGAACACGGCAGACGUGAGUAUCGUCUUCGGUGUCGCCGUCUUGUUCGCCGGAGAGGAGAUUCUGGCGGAGGGAGGAGAUUUGAGAAGAUGUCUUCUGGACGAGGUUGGAGUACCAGGACGCCAUAAUGUGUUGUCUUAUAGUGUUUCUUUGGUAGCUAAUAAGUUUGUAGAGUUUCGCAUCGAUGGUUGUUCAGGUGGUAUGAAGCUGCGCCUGUCUCGCGAUGGGCUAGCUUGAUGUAGGUUGAGGAAGCGGUAUCGAAGCCCAGAGAAUUGCUUGAGCUGUAAUUGAACGUCUGAGGGGCGAGCGCAAUGCUCUGUCGCAGUCGCAGUUGAUUAGGUGGUGCAGCCAGCUGCUGUCGUGGUGAGCGAGGGGUAUAAGAGAGGUAUUAUCAGUGUCAAAAAGGUCAGAGAUGGCCUAUUUGAAGAGCGGAGUAGGAAGAUGGAGGUGAAGCAGUGACGUUUAUAAAGGGAUUCUUGGCCGUGAAAGUGGAAGUGGGCUGGGG